AUGAAAACGUUAUUAGAUUUAUAUCGAGCAAUUCUGAUAAAUUUUUUGUUGAUUUUUGCUGCGGUCAGUUGCAAUGAAUGCUUUUCAUGUUUUACAAGUUGCAAAUUACUUCCAAAUUUUAAAUUAGGUGAAACCAAUUGCGACUGUACUGGUGAAACGACUUGUAAAUCGACUAGUUGUUUUGUUAAAGUUGAGAUAUUUCAUGAGGAAUUCACCGCCAUCAUCCAGAAAGGCUGUGUUAAUCACGUAUAUGGUGGGAAAGAAGGAUGCCAGUACACUGGUCAAUACGAUUCUAUUUAUUGCUCGUGCACCGGUCAUUUAUGCAACACGAAAGAGAAGUUUAAUUCGUACGAAACAAAUCGACUUCCUACUGUUGAUUGCUGCGAAUGUUCCGAGUCACAUCGUGAUUAUUGUCCAAACAAAAAUUGCCUUCGACAAUGCAGUGGAAAUUAUUGUUUGAUUGAUUUCGAUGGUGUAGAGCAGGGCUGUGGUGUUGGCUAUCCAAGAUUACAGGAUUUUUUACGAACGAAAUCAUACAUUGAUUGGUACCAAACUUCCAACAAAAUUUUGCUAAAUGGAUGUGUUUGUACGAAUCCUACAGGUUCGUGCAAUGAACUGAAUAAAACAAGAACAUAUCAGUUAAAUAAUGUUAUAAAUCGACGACUGAAUGAACAAAAUUAUUGUUAUAGUUUGCAUUACAAAUCGCAUAUAGCUUUUAGCGAAGAAGUUUUUAAAAGCUCGGAAACAUGUGAAGGCCAAUUUUGCUUCCUAUCAUUAACAACAUCAGAAUUGUUAAUUGAAAGCACCAAAUUCGAAAAAAAACUUGGUGAUCAUAAAGAAUUUAUUGGAACUACUCGGCCAAAUUAUGAGCUCCUGGCCGGUUGUUUGAAAAUUGACAAUGAUCAAAAGGUCACUACUGGAUGUACAACAGAAUUCGUAACAACUACUUCAGAGCCAUUGCUUAAGCAUUGCAUCUGUGACAGCCAUUUAUGUAAUUUCUAUGAUUUAUUAUCGGAUAAAAUCGAUUCAAGGAAACGAAAUGAACCAAAAUUUGUUUUCGUUAAAAUUAUUAUUUCAUGUAGAAAGUUUGUGUAUAUUUGGCUAGAAAUUCAAAAAUUCGUUAUUAAAUAA